AGAUCUGGGUGGAGGCCUGAUAAGGCCUUGCGCAAGUCUGUGCCUGGUGCUCGUGGCCAGCUAAGGCCUGAGAUCCCCCCAAGUCCCCCUUUCCUAGAGCUCAGCCCAGCAGUGUGGCAGGAAGGGUUCCAGUGACCACUGUCCUGGGCAGUGACACCAGCUGUCAUUGUCAGUCUGUACAAGACCAGCCUGGGGCCACAGGUGACAUUACCCACAACCCUUGCAUCCAGAAUCAGGGCCCAGGGCUGCUCACUGGUGGACACUGAACAAGAGGGUACUCUAAGCUCCUAAGGUCCCCUUUCCCUGGACCUCCUGCAACCCUGGGUGUUGGCCUCCGUCCAGCCCCGCCUCCUUUGCAGGUGGAGAUGGUGUGUAGAGACAGUAGGUGUUGAGGGAAAGUUAGGGACACACUGUGCCCCUACCUCACAUAAGCCAUUGGAGAGGUCCUUGAAGCCACCAUCCAGGCAAGUACUGUGAGGACCACUUUGCCAAGGUCACCCAGCAGGUCCCCCUGGGUGAGUCUGGUGGUAGACGUGCUCCUGCCAAGACUGCCUGUACUAGAAAACUAGAAGGUCCCAGGCUUGUGGGACCCUGUGCCUGUCACUGACCAGCUGGCACGUGGCUGCCCAGGAGGACUUUGAAGGCUGAACUAAUGAGAGGGAGGGGAUCAAUGGCCUGGGUUCCAGGAGGUGGGGCCUGUGCCUGGACCUGAAGCAGAGCACCCCAGGGCUCCCGGUAGCAGGCUGCCUUGCUCCAUAUGUGUUCCGGGCAGGACCAAACCAGGGCGUGAGAGAAGACACCCCACACUGUGCAAAGCCUUGCCCAUGGGAUCCCAGCCCAACCCUGCUCUAGUGGGACCCUACUAAAUUCCUUGCCCAUCUCCUUGUCCCAGUGGGAGGAGGGUAGGGACAAGGGUACACAGAGUGCCCAGGGCCUGACCUUUGGUCAGAAGAAGCCAAGCAGGUGGGAGCUGAGCCUGGCAGGGGGCCCCUCUUGGGGACACUUUUACAGCCGGAUGCUUGGUCUGCACCCCCCAGUGUGGGGCCCAGCCAAGUGGCUGCAGGCACAAAAGGGUCCAAGCCCUCCCAGGCAGAGGCAAGUCUGUGUGGCCACUGUGGGCGGUCACCUAGACAAAGUCCCCACCAGGGCAUACACGCUUCUGCCACUGGACCUCGAUCUCCACCCUGGCCAUGCUGCUGCCUGCCUACCUCCUACCUGCACUGGUCCUGCUCACAGCACAGUCCCUGGGCAGAGCCUGGAACCCUGGUCCCUGCCAGAGCCCCAUCGAGGCACAGUGUAACUUCCUGUGUGACUGCAGUGACUGCUCUGAUGAGAGCCAGUGUGGUUACAACGGGGCCCCGCCCGGCCCAGGAGCCCCCUUCACUUGUGACUUUGAGCAGGACCCCUGUGGCUGGCAGGACAUCAGCACCUCGGGCUACAGCUGGGUGCGGAACCGUGCUGGAGCGCAGGCUGAGGGUCCUGUGGCUCACACCGACCACACACGAGGCACUGACCUAGGCUGGUACAUAGGUGUGGGAACUCACCGCGGGACAGAGUCCUCCAGUGCGGUCCUGCGCUCCCCUGUGCUGAGGAACGCAGGCCCUGCCUGUGAGCUGAGGCUCUGGUACCACACGGCCUCUGGAGAUGUAGCAGAGCUGCAGUUGGAGCUGACCCACAGUGCAGAGACGCUGACCCUGUGGCAGAGCUUGGGACCAUGGGGCCGUGGCUGGCAGGAGCUGGCAGUGACCACUGGCCGCAUCCAGGGGGACUUCCAAGUGACCUUCUCUGUCACACGCAAUGCCACACACAGAAGUGCCGUGGCCUUGGAUGACGUGGAGUUCUGGGACUGUGGGCUUCCUACCUCGCAGGCCAUCUGCCCCCAGGGCUACCACCACUGCAAGAACGCAGCCUGCAUAGAGCCCCACCAGCUGUGUGAUGGGGAGGACAACUGUGGGGAUGGCUCUGACGAGGACCCGCUUACCUGCAGCCACCACACAGGCACAGACUUCGAGACAGGCCUGGGCCCGUGGAGCCACUCAGAGGGCCCAGCCUGGAACCUCAGCACCGGCCUCCCCAAGGGCUCUGCCUGGCCACAUAGAGACCACAGCCGGAACAGUGCAAAAGGGUCCUUCCUGGUCACCACAGCCAAGCCGGGCAACCCUGCCAUCCUCCUCAGCCCGCAGCUGCAAGCCUCAAACUCCCACAACUGCUCGCUCAUCUUCUACCACUACCUGCAUGGAUCCGAGGCUGCCCGCCUUGAGCUGUUCCUGCAGACAGAGGGUCCCAGGGCCCCUGUCCUGCUGCGGCAACGAUAUGGCGAGCUGGGAGCAGCCUGGGUCCGAGACCGGGUGGACAUCCAGAGUGCCCAUCCCUUCCGGAUCCUCCUGACUGGUGAGGUGGGUCCUGGAGGCGUUGUGGGGCUGGAUGACCUCAUCUUGUCUGACCACUGCAUGAUGGACCCAGGUGACCUACUCAGCCUGGCUCCACCUGCCCACCUGCUGGGAGAGGCACAGCCCCAUGACCAGCCUGACCCCACUUCUUCCAGCCUGCAGGGUUCCUGCAAGCCUGGGCAGCUGGCCUGUGGGGAGCUAUGUGUGCCCCUGGAGCAGCUGUGUGACUUCCAGCCCCAGUGCGCACUGGGCGAGGAUGAGCUCAAGUGUGGCACCACAGACUUCGAGUCCACCACGGUUGGGGGCUGGGAGGACGCCAGCAUUGGGCGACUGCAGUGGAGGCAGUGGGCAGCCCCAGAGAGCAGUUGGCCAGGCAGGCCGGCUGCAGGGCACUUCCUGUCCCUGCAGAGAGCCUGGGGGCAGCUGAGGCCUGAGGCCCGGGCCCGCACCCCAGUCCUGGGCCCCUCUGGCCUGCACUGUGAACUCCACAUGGCCUACUACUUCCAUAGUCACCCCCGAGGCUUCCUGGCUCUGGCUGUGGUGGAGAGCGACUCCCGGGAGCUGGUAUGGCAGGCUCCCACGGGCAGCUCUGGGGAGUGGACAGUGGACAAGGUCCUCCUUGGGGCCCACCGAAGGCCCUUCCGGCUGGAGUUGGUUGCGCUGGUGGACUUGGAAGACCCUGGCCAGCCAGGAGCUGGGGUGGACAACGUGACCAUGAGGGACUGCAGCCCCAUAGUGACUACUGAGAAGGACAGAGAGGUCACCUGUAACUUUGAAAGAGAUAUGUGUGGCUGGCACCAGAGCCACCUCACAGACGUCCACUGGCGCCGGGUGGAGAGCCACAACUCUGGGUACGAUCACACCACUGGCCAAGGUUUUUUCAUGCUUCUGGACCCCACAGAGCCUCUUACCCAUGGCCACCAUGCCUACCUGCUCACAGGGCCCCAGGUGCCAACAGCCCCUGAGCAGUGUCUCAGCUUCUGGUUCUAUCUGCAUGGACCCCAGAUUGGGACACUGCAGCUGGCCCUGCGGAGGGAUGGGCAAGACAUUAAGCUCUGGUCUGAGUCAGGCACUCAUGGCAACCGUUGGCACCAGGCCUGGGCUACCCUGCACCACCAGAUGGAGCCUGGCUCCAAGUACCAGCUGCUAUUUCAGGGCCUCCGGGACGGGUAUGAAGGCAUCAUGGCACUGGAUGACGUGACCAUACGCCCUGGCACCUGCCCGCCCCCCUGGCGCUGCUCCUUUGAGGAUUCUGCCUGUAGCUUCUCCUCAGGCGGGCAGGGCCUGUGGAGACGCCAAGCCAAUGCCUUGGGCCACUCUGCCCAGGGCCCCUGGACAGACCACACCACAGAGACAGCCCAAGGGCACUACAUGGUGGUAGACACAAGCCCAGAUGUGCUGCCCCAGGGCCACAUGGCCUCCCUGACCUCUGAGGAACACUGGCCCCUCCUCCACCCCGCCUGCCUGACCUUCUGGUACCACCUGAGCGCACGCAGUCCAGGCACUCUGCAGGUCCGAGUGGAAGAGGCCAAGUGGCGCCAGACACUCAGCAUCAGCGAGCCUGGUGGGCCUGCCUGGCGCCUGGGCAGCAUGGAUGUGCGGGCCAAGCAGGCAUGGAGGGUGGUGUUCGAGGCAGUGGCCACUGGCAUGCAGCACUCCUACAUUGCACUGGACGAUGUUCUCCUCCAGGAUGGGCCCUGCCCUCAGCCAGGGUCCUGUGACUUUGAAUCGGGUCUGUGUGGCUGGAGCCACCUGCCAUGGCCAGGCCUGGGUGGGUACAGCUGGGACUGGAGCAGUGGUGCUGCCCCGUCCCGGUACCCCCGGCCCCCCGUGGACCAUACCCUGGGCACCGAGGCAGGGCACUUUAUCUUCUUUGAGACUGGUGUGCUGGGCCCUGGGGGCCGCGCAGCCUGGCUGCGCAGUGAGCCCCUGCCGGCCACCAAGGUGUCCUGCCUGCGCUUCUGGUACUACAUGGGCUUUCCUGAGCAUUUCUACAAGGGCGAGCUACAUGUGCUCCUGGUCAGCAUUCGGGGCCAGCUGGCUGUGUGGGCCAAGGGUGGCCGGCUGAGGCACCAGUGGCUGGAGGCCCAGGUGGAGGUGGCCAGCACUGAGGAGUUCCAGGUGGUGUUUGAAGCCACCCUGGGCAGCCAGCCAGCACAGGGGCCCAUUGCCCUGGAUGACAUUGAGUACCUGUCUGGGCAGCGCUGCCAGCGGCCCACACUGAGCCCAGAGGACACAGCAGUGCCCGUGUCAGUGGAAGCCACAGUCAGUGGGGCCCUCAUCUUCCUCAUGCUCCUGGUGCUGCUGGGACUAGCAGGAUGGCACUGGCUGCAGAAAGGAGGGGGCUGGCCCUCCUGGAGGAGCAGGGACUCUGCACCCUCCAGCUUUGACAACAUACUCUUCAAUGCGGAUCAAGUCACCCUGCCUGCAGCUGUCACCAGGGACCCAUAGAUCACCAGACCAGCCCCAGGCCCCUCAUGCAACACCUCACAACCACACAUCCCCUGCACCGUGUGCCCCCCUUCCCACCCCCGCCUGCCACCCGACAACCCCCAUCCUCAGCAUCCUCCAACCCACAUCCUCCGCCUAACAGUGCGGGUCCCAACCUCAUAAAUAAAUACCCCAACCCUCCCUGGCA